AUGCGCAUUAAAAAACUCUUGAAUAACAACCUGAGAUAUGGCGAUUGCGACUGUUUAGGAGAAACGCGGACAGCAAAAUGGAAGCCAGAUUUCGCGUGUUGGCUUCUGUACUGUUGUUUGUAGUUGGUUGUUCUGGACUAGUUGACUUCAAGCCGGGGAAUCAGUACCAGUACAAGUACGACGCCUCCACAACACUAAAGCACACAGGUGUCGUACUCACGUCUGCAAAGGUCUACAUCAAUGUGCUAGGAGGUGACAAGUGGAAUCGACAUUGCCAGCUGGAAGUUAAGAACUUCCUUCACGCCCUUAAGAACCACCCAGCAAACCAUAAGGACCAGGAGGACCUUUCAAAAUGGUUCAGUUUUAACGUGUCCAACAGUGGAGAAAUCCUUGAGGUGCAGUACCCAGAGAAUGACAAGUCGUCUGCUGUCUUACAGAAGAAAGCACUUCUUGGCACGUUUUCUUCACGGCUGCAUGCCUCGCUUCAGGAUAUCAAUCAUGACAAGGACCGGAAAUGGCGCUAUGUCGUCAACGAGACGGGACAUGAAGGUGUCCAUGAAGCGGAGUAUGAAGGGAAGAACACUGGGGAGGCACUCAUCUUCAAGCGCACCAAAUCCUCACAUAUCGUGACCAACGCUGAGACAUCACACCAAAAGGAAAUCUGGUACCACAAGGGGAAGCAAGUUCCUACUAAAAUCCUUGUAGAUGAAAAAUUCACAGCUCCAAGAAAGGUUCACCCUGAAUAUGAACCCGUACCAUCGAUUCCAGUUGGGUUUGGUCAAAGCCACAUGUACGAGAGUGAUGACAACUUUGACCUACCAGAGAUGCACACAUUCUCAAGUGGGAAAAUGGAGCUGACUGAUGUCGUCCCCAUUUCGGUCGAAGACCGGCGUUUCCAACUGCCUGACAACUUGGUGACAGGCAGCCUCCAUAUUGAUGAGUACCCCCAUAAAAAGGUCCCACUGGAUUCCAAAGUUCAGAAGCAAAUCAUAGGAAACAUCACCUGCAUGCGUGAAAUUCGUCCACUCUAUGACAGAAGGCGAAUGAAGUGCUUCGACGAGCUAGUCCACGUCAUCCGCAACCUGGAAGAUGAGGAUUUCUCGAAGUUAGCAGAUGAGUACAUCCAGUUUCCCCCCAAAGGACAGAACGGCACGGAGAACAGGGGAGCCAUCAUCGAUGCGUUCGGCGCUUCAGCAGUGGAGGAGGCACAAACCAUCCUCACAGAGAGGAUUCUGUUACGGGAACCUCUGGAUGUGGAGCUCACCAAGAGAGUGUUUUCUCAUUUUGUCAACCUGGAGAAACCACCAGCCCAGAUAUUCAUUGAGGUUCUUGAAGACUUUGUAUUUGGGACAGACCCUCCAGCAGACCACGCCUCAGAUGAUGAGGACAUUAUGGCGAUGGCCACCCUCCUCCUGGGCCACAUCGCAGGGAAACUGAUGUCCACUGACCCUGUCCGAUCUGAAAGAGUUGUUGCCAAACUGGAAGCAGAACUCCAACCUCAUGAUCCUGUUAAGCACAGGGCCAGGCGAUCGGCUGAAAUGGCUAAAGCCAAGGAGAACGAAAACAACUUCACUAUCCCCUACAACAACAAGACAUACGUGAACCACCACGAGCAGAGGAAAGCCACAUUACUCCUGUCCCUGGGAAAUGCUGGUCUGGACCGGUCCUACCACCACAUCCUUUCUUACAUCAACACCACCGACUCUCCACAGCUGCUGAAGAGGAGUGGUAUGGCAGCAAUCGCCAAAUAUAAACAUGAACAUGCUGCAUCAACCUUGCUUCGCUUGGCUGUGGAUGGCGAUCAUGAGGACCAUGUCCGCUAUGAUGCUCUCUUAGAGUACAGGAGACAUCCCAAGGCUGUGCCAAUAAAUGACCUCCACUACCACCUUGUCAGAGGAUUGACAAACAUAACUGGCCUAGAGACCAACGAUCAUUCACGACUGAAAAGGAAUAUCUUGAAUGACAUCUUAAACUUCAAGUUCGAAUUCAAGUUGAAGCUGCCAGGCAUUGAGUGGAAGAAGCAGAUUGGAUCUGACAAAGUCGGGGCAAGUUUUGGACUGACCAUUCGGAACGUCAUGGACCUGUUUAUAUCACUUCUGAACGGGAGGUUUGGAAUCGAUGUUCUGGAUGAAGUGUACGCCACCGCCAAUUUUGGCAUCAUCAACUAUAACCUGGAUAUCGUUCGAGCGCGCGUCUGCUUUAAAGGUUUCAUCCAGUAUGACCUCAACAUUCUCAAGGAGUUCAACUUUGAAGACAUCUUCAAAAUCAUCAAGACACUGGAUCAAGUCGUCGACAGGAUCGUAGGAAACAUAAAGAAAGCCGUCAACUUUUUCAAAGGCUUGUUCUCAAGUGACUCGGAAUUCGCGUUUCCAAAACUAAUAAAAAAGUUUACGGAAGUAUUCGAAAGUUUGCCCAAAAAGAUUGACGGUAUCAUUGCCAUCGGGCAAAAGGCUACGGUUGUACUGGGAGAAAUGAUCAACCCACAGCCGUGGCUUGUCGCUAUCGUGGGGGUCGUACGCAGGAUAACGGGAUUCAUGGGAGACGUCAAAAGAGAUGUGACCAAGUUUGUGGACGCCAUUUUCGAAGCUGUUACAGUGACCCUGCCGUGGGCAGUUGACCAGAUAGUGGAGGCAGUUAACAUGGUCGUGAACACCCUCGACAACUUCUUCGACAACCCACUUGUAGCUCUCCAAGAUGUACAGAAGGCAGUACUCAAGAUUCAGAAUGGGAUAUUCAAGGUGCUGGAUGCAAAGAACAGAAUUCAAAAAACUUGUUUGUUUACAAAAGGCCAGCGACCGUACUGGUUUGACAUCAAAACAGUAAUCACGGAAAUCUGGGACGAAAUGAAGGCAGCAAAAGAUACUGUGGUUGGCGCAGUUACUAAUUUCAAACCAAAUCUGAAGGGAAAUGCUAAUGCAUACAUGUUCAAGAAAUUCACGGGCAUAGGACCGCCUGUAAUCAAGAAACAGCUGCAGAAUGAGGUUAUCUCGGCGUUCGGUAUCCUGGAACCCCCGCUGAGGGUCAUCCAGACUUUGGCAGAACCUUUCCUCACAGCCUACGAAACCGUCGUGGGGAAACUGAGGAUGGUCCAUUUAGCGUACACCACAGUCAAAAAUAUGUACACUAAAGCAAGGACGUUGAUCAGCAAAAUAUUUGGACCAAAGAUGCACAAGAGUUUCCCGAGAAAACUACUGCAAGCUCAAAACUGUAACGGUUACGGCCCAUAUCCAAGCACUGGCAAUGGAAAAUACAAACACCAAGGUGUAGACCUGGAACUUAACAAGACAAGUAUCAACGUUCCCUUUACUGGAAACCUCCGGAUCAACGAUUCUGCUGCAGGGUUAGUCUCCAUUCUCCUGGACGAUCCUGAUGGUAUUGAGCUGAUUCUACAGCCCAUCACUGUACCCAGUGGUAAAAAUGGAAUGAAGGUAUUCAAAGGUGAGUCACUGGGAACUGCCCAAGCAUCUGGAUGUAAUCCCAAAAGCAUUCACGUGGCCAUGAGAAAGGCAUUUACAGAGGAAUACAUUGAUCCCAUGAAAUACCUAGAGAAGAGGAAGCCAGGCUUUCCAAAAUUCGACACACAGUGCGAUGACUACAGGGUUGUGUUGUUGGUAAGUUUCACGCAGACAUCACAUAGCAUAUAUGAUCAUUGUGGAUUUUAAGGAUGAUGAUGAAUU